UGGAAUUGCCCUGAGUUGCCUCCGGGCCUCCGCUCCGACGAGACACUCCACUGCCCACUGCUUUUCAGAACUUACUUGCUGUCAUAGCCAUAUCACACAAAAGUUCGGCUCCUGUGACGCACGACCAGGCGCCGCCGCCGGGUUAACGGGGAUUGAGGAAAGCCGGAAGGGAGCUGCCGCUCCGUGGAGGAGGCUUCGGUGAGGCGGUUGUGACGUAGGUGUCUGUGGAGGAGACGGGCUGCGACAAGGAGAUGCACACGACUCAGAAGAGCGCUCCUCCCGGCGCGGCCCCGCCCCCGCCCCGCCCGCCCCUCUCCCCGCCGUCGCGCGGCGCCCGAUGCCCCUGUGCGCCCAGGCCGGGCCAAGGGCGAGAUCAAUAUCGCUGCGGGACGCCUGAGGACCGCUGCUGGAAGGGCGCCUGCCUCUGCAAUCAGCUGAUCGCGGCCGACGGCACUCGCGGUCGUCGCCGCCGCCGCCGCGCCGCCGCCGCCGCCGCCGCGCCGCGCCGCGCCGCCGCCGCCGCCGCCGCCGCCGCCGCCGUCUCUUCCGUCCUGCGCACGCGGCGCGGCGCCUCGCCUCUUCCGCCCAGCGAACUGGGGAGCCAUCUUGCUGUAACGGAUCGAACCCUCGACGCCCACAAAAAUGGCUCCGGCCGAGGGACUUUGGGACUGGGUUUGAAGAUGAGCAACAAGCACAUAGCUGCGAACGAUGGAAACACCAAAUUAUAG